GUCACUUCGCUUGCAAAAAGUGAGAAGUGUGUCCGUAACGUGGUGCAGGAUUUGUUAAAUUUCGUUCUUGUUUUCCGUUCUAAUCGUUGUUAACCAUGCCUAAAAACACGCGCAAUGGCAACUUUCGUGGGCGCGGCGGUCGCAACUACGGGGGAGACCGGUUUUACGACGCCAAUGCACCAAAACACGACCACGACGAUCGAACGGAUCGUAGCGGCGGCGAGUGGAACGACCGGAACAGAAACGAUCGCAUGACGGACGUGAAGCGGCGGGUCAGCUUCAAACCAUCGAACGGUGGCCGUGGCAAGGGGCGCAUCACAGAAAACCACCUGCGGGCGCACAUGAACGAUGACGAUGAGGCGAUGGGUGGCGACAUGUUCGACGGGGGCGAUCUUCGCGUGCGCAUGAACAAUCGCAACUUUGAUCGGCAGCGGCGCAGCGGCUCGCCGAUUCCUCGCGGCGUACCGCGUGGUGGCGGUGGUGGUGGUGGCGGCGGCGGCAAUCAGCGCAAAAAGUUGCUCCCGAACGCACCGUGGUACGAGGUGCGGAUACCGUACGGCAACAAGUACGAGAAGGAGUUUAUUCUUCGCUCGAUUCAGCAAGCCAUCACGCCGCAGAUGUUCAUACCGCUGUACUACAAGGCGAACGAGUCGGGCGCCGUGUUCUUUGUGGAGGACUUCCAGGCGGCCGAUGCGAUCAUGCGGGCCAACCGCAGCAUUCAGACGCCCGAUGGUCGCCGGAUGAUACUGGUGGUGCGCAACAACCCGCCGCCGACGCAGGUGAACGAGCAGCUGAAGAUGCGCAUGAAGCAGGCCAUGGUCAAGCGCUACAACCCGCAGACGAAGGGACUGGAUCUGCAAAAGUUCCACGCCGAUCCUGACCUGAGCGACAUCUUCUGCGCACUGUUCCGGCCGCAAAUUAUGCUGGCCGCGAUCGACAUCAUUGCGGAGCACAUACCCGAGAUAGAGGCACUGAAUCUGAACGAGAACAAGCUGUACAUGUUGGACCAUCUGAAAUCCAUGACUACUAAGAUGCCACAUCUGAAGGUGCUCUAUAUGGCCAGAAAUCGGAUACCGUACCUACACUCCUUGGACAGUCUGAAGGGGCUGAAGCUGUUGGAGCUGAAUUUGCUGGAAAAUCCGCUGUGCAAGCACUUCGACGAUAACACAGCCUACGUCAGUGAAGUGCGCAAACGCUUCCCGAAGGUUAUCAAGUUGGAUGAUAUCGUUCUGCCGCCCCCAAUCAGUUUCGACGUGCCGGAAGACGAUACGAAGCUGCCGGAGGCGAAGGCCUCGUUCCUAUGCGACACAUCCGGUGCCGAUCUGGUACGGCAAUUUUUGGAACAAUACUUUACCAUCUACGAUUCCGAUAAUAGGCAACCGCUGCUGGAAGCCUACCACGAGCACGCAAUGUUUUCGCUGACGGUUAACACAACCUACCAAAGCAAUCAGCAAAAGUUGGGUGCGUACAUAUCCGGAAGUCGCAACAUUAAGCACAAGACAGAUCUGGACUCUCGCUGUCGGUUUCUGAAGCAGGGACGACUGCAGGUCGUAUCGCAUCUGUCCUCACUGCCACCAACCAAGCACGAUCUGACAUCGUUUGCCGUAGAUCUAACCCUGUUCACGCCGCACAUGCUGCAACUAACCGUCACGGGCGUGUUUAAGGAGCGCAAGGGCAGCGUCAAUAUGGAGCAGAUACGAUCGUUUCAGCGUACGCUCGUGAUCGUACCGUCGAACGGUGGUUUCUGCAUACGCAACGAAAUGAUGCACGUGAACUCGGUGACGCGGGCUCAGGAAAACAAAGCGUUCAAGGUGGCAGAAAACGGCAUGCCGCAGCAACAAGCGGCACCACCGGCCGGCCCCACCGUACCGGCCGUGGUCGGUGUGGCCGCGACUGUCCCGCUGGUGCCGGACGAUAACACCAAGCUGCAGAUGAUACAGGCGCUGUCGGUGCAGACCAACAUGAACGCCGAAUGGAGCAAACGCUGCCUGGAGGAAACUAACUGGGACUAUCCGCGUGCCGAGUUUGCGUUCACCGAGCUACACAAACAGAACCGGAUACCGCCGGAAGCGUUCAGAACGAAUUAAACCAUUUUUGUUGUAGGCGAAUGUAGCGGAAAGUAAUUUCAAUCAUAAGUUAGUUUGUUUUAAGGGUUAGCAGACGUUAGCAGACAAAUUUGGCCGGUUAUUACAAUAGGUUUUAGGCUUUCUCGUACAGAUCACGCGUUGUACUUUUCCCGUUAAUUUUUUUUUCUUUCUCCCUCACACACACACACACACACACACGCAGCCCAAAGUAGUGCGCCCCGGCAAGCAAAUAUGCGUUGAGUUAAGGAAGAAAAAAAAACCCACAAAAACAACAUAUUACACGCACUUUGCUCCGGCCGGAAAACGCACUACAAGGUUGCUCGUUAGCUACACAUAUUUUCGUUGCCCGAAGCGCAAUAUCUCAUAGAACAUGGUUCGCGUAAGAUAUUGUACUUCGGAGCAAUAUCGGAACAAUAUUGUUUUGUCUCUCAACAACCCGAACGUGACGAGCAAAUGUUGGAAAACAGAUUGUUUGUAUGAACUAUCCUAAAAAAAAAACAUUCACCUUACCAGCCAGUCACGGUGAUAGGAACGUUUUUACUCUCUACGUUCCAACGUAAUAUGUCCGGAACAUUGCAAUCAUGUCGCAACGAGUUUGCUUUUCGGUUUCUCCUAUCCUAAGAUGUACAGAAUGUUGAUUAAAAAUUCACAAUUUCCACAUAUUUUUUAAUGCAAGCCAGCAAUUUAUUCUCAUCACAUCACGGUGUGUAGUGCGUUUGUUUCGGAGAGCGUAGCUUUGUUAGUUGUAGACCGGUUGCGUCAUGAUUACCAGCUAGGACCUGAACACCGCCACAGACCCAGGUAGUCAAGGUUGAGCUUUGAAUUUGCGUCUGUUCUGACAUUUUUCAUUCGACUGGAAAGCAAACUGUGUUAAUGUUUAUAAUAUGCCUAACAAAAUUGAACCUGAGCUUUUGAGGACUUUUAUUUUUAUCUUUUUAUUUUGAGUGUAUUCAAGCAAUUCGUUAGCGGAAAAGGUAUAUGAAUUUUAACUACGGCACACACUACAUUGUACAGCUUAAUUAGAACGAAGAUGAAUGAGGGUGAAUAUGAAAAAAGUAAUAUAAAUAAUACAUGGUAAUUCUAGUAAUGACAGAAGCAAA